AUGGCUGAUGGUGAUGAAGACAGCUCUAGCUCUGGUGCUAGUGGGAAUAGUGCUCCAGCUACCGUAUUGUAUGUUUCUCUCAAGCUAAUUCCUUACUGGCCUGCGGAUCCCUUAAUCUGGUUCGCCCAGGUUCAGGCUCAGUUCGAUACUAAGGGGAUCUCUUCUCAAAAGACUAAGCACGACUACGUUGUCAGUUCCUUGUCUCCUGACAUAGCUACAGAGGUACACGGCCUCAUCAUUAAACCCCCUACCUCAGAUCAGUAUAAGGCAUUGAAAGCAGCACUGAUUCAACGCAUCACUGCCUCACAACAGCUACAAAUUCGACAGCUGUUUCAAGGAGAAGAGCUAGGAGACAGGAAGCAUAUCCAGUUGCUCCGUCGUAUGGAACAGUUGCUGGGAAACCAGGGGUCAGAGCAUACUGCUACAAUGCUCAAGCUCUUUCUACAACACCUACCUUCUAAUGUUAGAAUGAUAUUGGCCUCAACCCCUGGAGACAAUACUGUAAAAGACUUAGUGACUCUUGCUGAUAAAAUAGUAGAAGUGACGGGUCCCUUUUGCCCUACUCCAAUUAAUAAUGUCUCCACUCAGGAGGGUGAUAGUCAGCUAGCUACUGAGCUUACUAAGUUACGUGAGGAGGUAGCAUACUUAAAGAAGAUUGUUCGCUUCAACAGUUGCUUGCCCGCCUCUCGAGGACAUCAUCGUUCACAUUCCCUGAGGAGUGACUGUGACUCCCCUGCCCCGCGGCAGGCCUCUGAUUUGUGCUGGUACCACGAACGGUUUAGGGAUCAAGCCAGGUUCCUCGUUGACACUGGAGCAGAGGUGAGUGUCAUAACUCCCUCUGUCUUGGAUAAGCAGUGUCUACAGAAGCUCACUCUCCAGGCAGCUAAUAACUCUUCCAUCUCUACAUAUGGCAAGAGGUCUCUCACUCUCGGCUUAAACCUCAGACGCAGUUUUCAGUGGGUAUUUGUCAUUGCUGAUAUUGCUAUGCCUAUACUGGGAGCUGAUUUCUUACAUUUUGGUUUGCUGGUGGAUAUGCAGUAUAACAGGCAAAUUGAUAACAACUCAUUUAGAGGUGAAAGGUCGACCUGCAAGACAACUGGCUCUUUGUCUAACGUUACUGCCCUCUUCACCAUGGAGUGCUGUUGA